AUUCCGAGGGAUACGAAGUAAAGGCAGGGAAAAAUCGUAUCAAAAGAACGUCGUUGCUUUGGGUUCAGGACCAGUGAAGUUCUCUGAUUCGCCUGAACGCGACCUCGGCGGGGCGACCCUUGACCAAGAACAGCCGGGUGACCAGGAGGAGCCGAAAGUGAAUUCCUGACUUAGCGGAUCAUUGGGUCGGUUUCUCAUCGGUUUUUGUUCUAUUUUUAUCCCACAGGACGUCAUGAGGUACUUGACGGCGGUGGUGGCGCUAGCGGCAUGCGCGGCUGUCGCUCAUGCCGGCACUAGGGACAACUGGUCGUGGGGCGCCGAAGACCAUGGAGAGGCCCACGCCUCUGCGCCUUCAUCUAUCUCGUCGGCCGUGGCCUCAGCCCCGUCGUCGGGGUCGCCCAGGUCCGUCUCCUUCACCGCCAACAACGACCACCAGUUCGUCGACUCCGGCGCCACCAUCGUCAGCGCGGUGAAGCAGAGCCAGAGCGUGAUUCCUCCUACGAUUGUGAUCUCAGGAUCGACCGGAUCGACGGCAUCGGCCUCGGUGGCGCCGCAGGUCACCGGGGAUCACCUGAAGGGCGAGACGCCCACCGGCAGAGUCGACGGAGCCGGGGACCAGACGGAAGGGAGGUUCUUCGGCAUCAAGUCCAAGCUCUGCGACGUUGGCAUUGGCUUUGACUGCAAGAAGGGCUACUACAAGGGCGACCACAUCAGCCCCUACGACAUCAGCUACGUGCAGCCCGUGCAGGUGGUGCCCGUGGGCGGCCCCAUAGCGUCCGUGCCCGUCAAGAAGGGCUACCACCACAAGGCCAAAGGACACUACAGCCCACCGUCCACGGGCUACGGCGCCCCCCACCUUCCCUCCACUGGAUAUGGCGCCCCCCACCCUCCCUCCACUGGAUAUGGAGCCCCCCCACUUCCCUCCACUGGAUAUGGCGCCCCCCCUGCCUACCACCCUCCCCAGUCGAGCUACGGCGCCCCCCCAGCGCCCAGCUACACCCCCCCGAAGGCCUCCUACUCGGCCCCGACGGGUCACGGCCAGUCGGUGGUGCACCACGUCCACACACACCACCACGUCUACACCGGAGGCUCGGGCGGUGGCUACGCGAAGGACUCCUAUUCUGGCGGCUUCCUUGACCGGUCCUCCAGCUCCAGCAGCUCCUCCGUCAACAAGCUCGGGUCGGCGCUUCCCGUCAUUCCUCUCGGAUCCUCAUCCAGCUCGUCCUUGUCCUCUUCCUCGUCCUUCUCUUCCUCAUCCGACUUCCAGAGGCUGUACCGCGAGGACUGCCAGUGCGUGGACCCCGUCUACUGCCGCGACCACGACAUCGUCGGCAGAACCAACAGCAACUUCGGUUCCCUCCUAGACGCCCGGACACGCAACACCGACAUCCUCUCCACCGCAGAUGACGAGACCGACAAGCAGGCCGCCGCGUCAGAGAAGCAGGAAGUCGUGGUGGAGAAAGAGGAGGACAAGACCGAGACCGCCGCGAGGACCAGGAGAGACACAAUGAAGUUCGUCAACGACCGCUUCGGGUCUUCGUCCAGACCACAGCGUCAGUCAUCCCUCGGUUACACCCCUGGCGUGAACGGCUGCGCCGUCGGCCACGUAUGCUGCCGCAACCCCUCCUUCCGCCAGUCCCGCCAGGUGUCCUCCUGCGGACGUCGUAGCUCUUUCGGGCUCCUCGGACGCGUCAAAAACACGCACUUCGAGCAGGGAGACACGGAGUUCGGCGAGUAUCCUUGGCAGGCGGCCAUCCUGCGUCGCGACGCCGGAGAUAACGUGUACGUGUGCGGCGCCGUCCUCAUCGACCGUCGCCACCUGCUGACGGCGGCGCACUGCACCAGCGGGUAAGACCUGGACCGGUUUCAGA